CCGUAACGUCACUUCCGUUUUCCGGUCACCUCUUCCGUGUUCUGCUGUGCGGUUUCCCGGGCAACUACAGGCUGGCGAGUGACCGCGACUUUCAGACGCGCCUUGGUUCUGCAAAAUACAUCAGAUUUCAACAAUGUCCACCCCUCCUCUAGCAGGAGCUGGAAUGCCUCCUGGACCAUUUUCUGGACCCCAGUCUCAAGCUGCUCGUGAAGUGAAUACUGCAUCUCUCUGUCGUAUUGGCCAAGAGACUGUGCAGGAUAUUGUGUUUCGCACCAUGGAAAUCUUCCAGUUAUUGAGAAACAUGCAGCUGCCUAACGGUGUCACCUAUCACACGGGCACAUAUCAAGACAGGCUGGGAAAGCUGCAGGAGCACCUCCGCCAACUCUCGAUACUUUUUAGGAAACUGAGAUUAGUGUUCAAUAUUGCGACCGAAAGUAUAGCUGAAAACUGCUUGUGAGGCUGGGAUCCUGUUCCCAUAGAGCAACUCAUUCCUUACGUUGAAGAUGACGGCUCCAAGCACGACGACCGAGGAGCAGCCAGCCAGCUUCUCUUUGCCAGCGAAGAGAGAAGGGAAAUCAUGGAAGUGAACAAGAAACUGAAACAGAAGAAUCAACAGCUGAAGCAAAUUAUGGAUCAAUUACGGAAUCUCAUUUGGGAUAUCAACGCCAUGUUAGCAAUGAGAAACUAAAAUAUCUUUUUUUUUCUCAUUAUGACAGUUGAUGUUUAUUUUAUGGGAUUUUUUCCCCUCUCUGCUAACUUUAUUUCAUGUGCUGUAAAUGUUUUUUUAAACAAAUAUAUUUAAACUUUGUAUGCAUAAAAAUCAGUAGGGUUGGGUGCAGUGUUUGUAACAAUGUUUGGAUGCAGUAUUUGUAUACAUUGAUUUAAAAGACAUUGAUGACUUAAGGCUAAUAAAUUAAUUCAAUAUGGAAA